ACUGGAGCAGGAAGUCAGUGAGGUGAAUACUUGGAUGGAUGUUCUUUCAAGAUUGACCCAUUGAAUGCAGGAUCAAGCCCUUGAUGAACAUCUGUAAUGUGUAGUUCUGCAAGUUGAGAUGAUGAUGUCAUGGCACCCUCAGUACCGGAGUUCCAAGUUCCGCCAUGUGUACGGCAAGCCUGCUAGCAAGGAGAAGUGCUACGACUGCGUCCCCAUCACCUGCAGUGUGCACGACAACCACUUCUGCGCUGUCAACCCCCACUUCAUUGCUGUUGUGACAGAGUGUGCAGGGGGCGGGGCUUUCCUCGUGAUACCCAUCCAUCAGACAGGCAAGCUUGAUCCUCACUACCCCAGGGUGUGCGGGCACAGAGGAAAUGUCCUGGACAUCAAGUGGAGCCCCUUUGAUGACUUUGUAAUCGCUUCCUGUUCUGAAGAUGCCACUGUGAAAAUCUGGGACAUCCCCAAACAUUUACUAACAAGGAACAUCACCAGUGCAAGGAAGGAGCUUCUGGGUCAUGCUCGAAGGGUGGGACUCAUUGAAUGGCAUCCUACGGCCAGCAACAUUAUCUUCAGUACUGGCUAUGAUUAUAAGAUAAUGAUCUGGAACCUCGACACAAAGGCGCCUGUAAUUCAAAAUCCGGUGAAGACAAUCAGCUGUCACAGGGACGUGAUCCUCUCCAUGUCAUUCAACACAGAUGGCAGCCUGCUAGCCACUGCCUGCCGGGACAGGAAAAUACGUCUCGUUGACCCACGGUCAGGAGCCAUCCUACAGGAAGCCAGCUGCAAGAAUCACAGAGUGAAUAAAGUUUUGUUUCUAGGAAACAUGAAAAAGCUGCUCUCUACUGGAACAUCCCGCUGGAAUAACAGGCAAAUUGCUCUAUGGGAGCAGGGUGAUCUUUCUGUGCCUUUAGUUGAGGAGGAUCUGGAUGGCUCCUCGGGGCUGCUGUUCCCGUUCUAUGACUCUGACACUCACAUGCUGUAUGUGGUGAGCAAGGGAGAUGGGAACAUACGAUACUAUGAGAUAAGCUCUGAGAAGCCAUACCUGAACUACCUGAUGGAAUACCGCUCCCAUCUACCACAGAAAGGAAUCGGAAUCAUGCCAAAGAGGGGCCUUGACGUGUCGGCCUGCGAGAUCUUCCGGUUCUACAAACUGAUCCCAGGCAAAAGCCUGAUUGAGCCCGUCUCUAUGAUUGUUCCUCGCCGGUCGGAGUCGUACCAGGAAGACAUCUACCCGAUGACAGCUGGAGCCCAGCCAGCACUCACAGCGCAGGAAUGGCUGAAUGGAAUUAAUAAAGGUCCUGUCCUGGUAUCUUUGAGACCAGGCUCUGAAAUCCUGAAUUCUCUGCCACAAUUUCCUGAGAAAGAACCAUCGCCGCUGUCCACAGAAUCAAACCGGUACCAGGGCAGGACAGAAAGAAUGGCAAUGAAGGAAAUUCAGAAGCAAAGUGGGAUCCAAGAAAAGAGAGGCCAGAAAAAAGUGGAGGAAAGGUCGCAGGGAGACCGACAAAUGCAGCUUUCAAAUGGCUUCGACUUAUUUGAGUGUCCUCCACCCAAAACUGAGAAUGAGCUGUUGCAGAUGUUUUACCGACAGCAGGAAGAAAUCCGGAGACUGCGAGAGCUGGUUAACCAGAGGGACGUUCAAGUCAAACAGCUAGAACUGGAGAUUAAAAACAUCCGCAUGGACUCGGGCAGGGACAGAAGGAAGAAUUGCUGUAACUAAAAGUCACUGCAACAACGAGGAUUCAUCUGCAAGAGAGAAUUGAGGGCUCUGUCCUGCAAACACUCCCAUGGGCCCAGAACCUGCUCGCCCUGACUCCAAGGAAAAUGCCCGGAAGAGACGUGUUUGCAGGGUUGGGCCGACACAUGCUUAAACUCUGGUAGGUAAGAGUCAGAGAAGAAUGGCAACAUGCCUCUCCUUUAGCUGUGCUGCAGGGAGAGUUCACACAGCCCCAUGCAGCUCUAAAUAAGAACCAAUAAACAUAGGUGCUAAAACCAGUCACACACUUCCUUGCUUCACUGUAAACUGGUCUCCUCUAUUGGCUGGGGGGAAACUAUGUUCUCCUUUUAAUAGUGCCCCUGUGUGUGCUCCACUGCACAUGCAUACGCGCCUCUCGAGCCCUUGAUCGGAGAUUUUGCAUUAGCAGUGUCUGUCCAAUCACACGUGCUCUACACAACCUUGCGGCGCCCUCCAUGGUUGUAUAGGGCUGUGCAGGUGAACGGUCCUCAGUUCCUUCUCUGCCGCGUCGCUGAGACCGAGCUCCAGCGUCUCUGCCUCGUGCACACCGCAGCGUGUUUACAGUCCUUGUUACUGAAGGCAUGUCCACACUACAGGUUUAGGUCAACUGAAGUCAGGUUGGCCUACAGCCACCGCAGUCAUUGAAUUGGCUGUUGGAGUCCACGCUACUUUCCUGCCAGCGCUGUGCAUGCUCACCAGGAGAGCUUGUGCCAACUGAAGAGGGGCAUUGUGGGGCACUGACAGCUGUGCAGGGCUGACAGCCAGAGCCCCCCCCACCCCAGAGCUGACAGCUGGAGCCCCCCCUCCCCGCCACCCCAGGGCUGACAGCCGGAGGAGCCAGAGAGGAAAUGUGAAAUCAUAGCAGCCGUGAAACUGAUAAGAAUGUCAAUUUCACUGCUAGUAGGUUUCCUGCUGUGAAGUUGAGCCCUGGGCAGGACUCACAGUUUGGGCUGUCAGCCCUGGGGCGGGGUGGAGGCUCCAGCUGUGAGCUCCAUGCAGGACUGACAGCCAUCAGGUGAUGUAGGUAACACAACAGAUCAGGCCUUAAUUAGUUUUUAUUGCUUUAGGAUUAGUUUGAUAGCUGUGAGAGGUUCAGCUUUUCCUCUCCCCGUUUUUCCUGCGUAAUUUUUCUGGCCUGGCUGGGCAAGCCUGGCUUGGCAGGUUUCAAAGGCUGCUGGCCUUGUCAGGAGCUAGCCUGAUCAGCAACGGCCACUCUAAGUGUACCUGUUGCUUGGGAGAGUCUCUUAUCUCCCAAGAGUGUAAUUUUUUCUUGGCUCUCAAAUCUAGAGCACAGAAGAAUCGGGAGACCUAACUGAAGCUGAUGCUGAUUGAGCACUCCCUUCGACCACCUCUGAGUCAGGUCAGGAGAUGCCCCAGCCCAUACAUCUAUCUCUGGGCAGAUCCAGUGAUCCCUCAGUCUUGGCCAAGGUAUUUCCUAGGAAGGGGAAGACCUCAGAGGACUCAGGGAAGGCUCCAAGAAGAGGAGCUCAGUCUGCCACCUCAAGCCCCCAAGAAGUUCUGAGCUCCCAUUAGGUCUACAGGGUCAGUGGCCUCAUCUUCUUGACUCAGAACUGUGGAGGCAAAAGACCCUUCCUCUAGUACUGGCGGAGCUGAGAGAUCCUGGAGCACUUCAGAGAAACAGCUCCAGCAGGGCCCCAGUACCAUCUGUGAAGGACGGGGAGGUACGGGACAUACAGUGCUCUAGAACAGCACCAUCUACAUCAUACUUACCGGCAGUAACUUCCCACUUGGCUCUGUUGGUACUGACAAAAAUCAAAGUCUUCAGCACCGGUGCCUACGCACUCCAAACCAACAGUACUGUCCACGCCAACUGCUGCAUCAGUACUGACCCACUCAGUACCAAGGAAUUCCACUACUCCAGGGACUUGUCAGUGUUAGACAAGCCAGAGUCCCCACUGCUUAUGGGUGCUGAAUGACUCUCAGUACAGAAACCCCAGUCUCCGGCUUACCCAGUACCACAGGAUUCUCCAUCCUUUUCUAUUGGAGGCAAACCCACCCCCACUGCAGGACACUGAGAGAGAUGAAAGAGACAUUCAAUCGGUCUCGUCCUUAUCAGUGAGAAGUUCCUUUCCAAAUCAUCACAGAAACCCAUACUUUGAUAAGAUUCCUUGUCCAUGUCAGGGAUGAUGGGUAUUGUCCCCUCUCACAUAUGGUCCUACUCACUCGGCAUACUGGGAUCCAUGGGUGACAUAUUGGCAGCAAUUUGCCAGACCUCCAGCUCUAUUCCACUGGGAGAUUAGGGUUACACAGUCCCUUACACCAAACCCCCAACACAAAGAGACCUUCGAGAAAUAGGAGGCUGUGGGGGGAAGGAGGCUACUCUUCAACCCUAUUUUGUCUUUGUUGCCAGAUGGGACAGCCAUGCUCUCAACACCAUUGAUAGCUGAUGAUUUUUGUCAAUUCCAGGUCCUUGUGAAGAAGGUGGCUAACACCCUCCGGAUAUCCCCUGAGGAGGUUAAAGACUCUCAAUGCAAGCUCCUGAAUAUUCUGCAAUCAGGUACACCCACCCAGGUUGCACUACCCAUUAAUGAAGCAUUCCUGGAUCCAGCAAAGACUGUGUGUCAAACUUCUGCCACCAUCCUGCCAACAUGUGAACAGGCAAUUAUGUUUAUCCCAGAGACUCAGAAUAUUUGUUUUCCUACUGCUCCCCACCCCAAUUCCCUUGUGAUGGAUGUCGUAAAAGAGGGGGGUAAACAGCAUUACUCCAGGUCUACUCCUUAUGAUAAGAACCAGGAAAAGUUAGACCCUUUUGGACAAAAGGCAUUUGCAUCUGCAACCCUCCAGUUUUGGACUGCAAACUAUCAGGCAAUUGUGGCUGAAUAUGAUUACACAAUUACAACAUGUUUGCAUUCCGUAUUGAACAGCUUUAUUGAACAGUGUUCCACAGAAGCACAGUGAACACUUCCAGGCCAUCAUUAAAUAGGGUCAGUUAUUAGCCAGAAACUCUCUUCAAGUGUCUUUAGAUUCUGUUGGAUGUUGCUGCUAGGUUCAUUUGCAAUGUGUUUGUCAUGUACAGGGUGUCACGACUCCAGACGUCGGGGUUUCUGAGAGAGGUUCAGAAUAUGUUGAGGACGUCCCAUCUGACAGCCAAAGGGCUCCAGGGCCAUGUGGGGGGCUCUGGGUAGAUACACCCCCACAAACGAGAUUUAGCAGGUCUCAAGCUGCCCAGAGAUCACACCCAGCUCAGUUCUCUAGUUUUCACAGAACCACCAAACCUACUAGAAAAAGACAAGGAAAUGAGCUUCUCAUCCUUCUUUAGUGAGUGCCCAGUCAUCAUUAAAACAGCUAUUUUGACAGGUUUGACCUUCUCAGCUCCAGUUUGCAAGCUAGCAACCUUUUACACACCUCUCCUCUUUUGGAGGUCACCUUCCCAUUUCAAACAGGCCUGGUGAUGUAUUGCAACAAACAGGUGGGUCAGCACCAUCCACUUCAUUUCCUUCCACCCUGUCCAUCUUCAGGGACCUCUCUCAUGAGACUAUACUGAGCCAAGAGACACACUGAGCAAUAGAACACAUCCCAUCCCCUCACACAGGAAAAGGGUUUUACUUCGUGUUAUCUUGUGCCAAAGAAGGAUGGAGGUUGGCGUCUGACCUCAGAUCUAAAACAACCGAACAAAUUUGGAAAGCCUCAAAAGUUCAGGAUGGUGAUUCUGACAGCUAUAAUUCCCUCUCUAGAGCCAGGAGAUUGGUUUUUCAACCCUUGACUACAAGGACGCCUGUUUCCAUAUAGCAAUACAUCCUGCACACAAGAGAUACCUGUGUUUUCACCAUGGGACAGGUGUAUUUCCCUUUGGCUUGUCUUUGGCCCCAAGGGUGUUCUCAAAAAUUCUAGCAGUAGCGGCUGUUUACCUUCGACAAGAAGCAAUUUUAGUCUUCCUGUAUCUCAACGACUGGCUCCUCAAGGGCCAAUCUUACAAAGCAACUAACUUACAACUAACUUCCACCUGGAUAGCGCGCUCUCUUUUCCAGGAGUUGGGUCUCCAGCUAAACGUGAAGUAGUCCAAGAUAGCCCCUGUACAGAGAAUACCAUUCAUAGGGGCAGAUUUACAUUCGUUGGCAGUCUUUCUUCCCAAGUACAGAUUCAUAAUUCUGUUGAAUCUGUUCAAUAUGAUUCAAGGAAGCCCCUGUACUAAAGUAAGGAACUGUUUGCAGCUCCUGGGUUGUAUGGCAGCUUGCAUCUUUGUGACUGAGUACACAAGAUUAUGUCCCCUGCUGCUUUCAAGGCCAGUUCAGGAGGAACUAUUCCUCAACCAAGACAACUUGGACAGACAGGUCCUGUCCCGGUAAAUAACUCCCUGGACUGGUGAAAGAAUCAACACAUUGUGCAGAUGUCCCUUUCAUCCACCUAGCUCUAACAAUAACUGUGACAAUGGAUACAUCACUGUUAGGGUGGGGAGCAUAUCUCAAUACCCUCACAACUCGGAGCAGAUGGUCAUCUCAGGAAACCAGUCUCUUGUUGGAACUCAGCGCAGUCAGGAAUGCCUGCCUUCCAUUCAUAUCUCUCAUCAAGGGCAAAUCCAUCAGGAUCAUGACGGAUAAUGGCAAGAUCCCCCCUGUGUGCCAAAGUUAUAAAAUUGUGGAACUGGUGUAUAGCCCAUCAGAUUCAGAUCUCCAUCCUCUCCCUUCCUGGAGCCCAGAAUGUCACAGCUGAUAUGCUCAGCAGGUGCUUCUCCAAGGGCUACAAAUGGGAGUUGGACUCAACUUCUUCACAGGCUACUCCAGAGGUGGGGACUUCCCAAGGUGGACCUAUUUGCCACAUUCAGCAACAAGAAGUGUUCCCUUUUCUGCUCAAGAGGAGGCUUAGGUUGCCUCUCUUUGGGACACGCUUUUCGCUUUCCCUGGUUGAAGGGCCUGUUUUACGCAUUCCUCUGACACCAGUAAUUCUAAUUCUGGCAGAUGAAUAAAAUCAGACAGGACAAGGCCAGGGAUAUCCUCAUAUUACCAGCUUGGCCAAGGCAAGCUUGGUAUCCAUAUCUUCUUCACCUGUGUGUGCAGCCGGCAUUCAAUCUUACUGCUGUCCCCUCAUCUCCUCUCCCAGGAUGCAAGUUGGGUGCUUCACCCCAACCUGGGGGCCCUCUGUCUCGAAGCAGGAUUAGAAUCCAUCUGCUCAACAGGCGUACACCCAGUAUUACUAAAAUAGUAGAAGGGAGUCACUCAAAUUACAUAUCUUCAGAAGUGGAAAAAGUUCAACCACCAAUGUCAACAUCACCUCCUUGUGCCUGAAUCUUGGCUGCUCUUGGUCAUCUUGGGUUAUCUGCUGGAUUUAAAAAUAUUGGUUUUAUCAAUGAGUUAUAUUAAGAUCCAUCGGGCUGCUAUAUCAGCAUUUCAUUCCCACUAGCGGGGUUUUCUGUGUUUGUGACCUCUAGAUUUAUUAAGGUUUUGGGGAAACUUUACCCCCAGGUUAAGGAUCUUUCUCCAACUUGGGACCUCAACCUGGUACUUAGAUACUUCAUGGGACCUCCAUUUGAGCCUAUGGAACCUUGGUUCAUUUAUCUAUUACUCCUGGGGGGAUUCUGCGCAAAAAAAUUAAAAAAUAUGCGCCUAAAACUUAAAAUUCUGCAAAUGUUAUUUGUCAAAAUAAUGCAAUAUAAUCACACCAGUUUCAAUUGUUUUGGUAAGUUAUUUAAAGUACAAUACAGAAAAAAAGUCACUAACUAUUAAGUAGUUCCUAAACACAUGAAAGUUAAGUUACAAAUACUUGGUAACUAAUACCCUGCAUUCCAGUUAUAAUCCUGGAUUAUCAUUUAAAUUAUGUUACAGAACACCAAACAGGGAAAAAAAUGGAGAAUGUAAUUUUAAAUUGCUCAGACUUUUACAUGUGAAAGUCAUAGAGUUUUGCUAAUCAUUGUCCUGGACCUAGCUGGGUACUUUGGGAAGUGCUUGGUUCUGAUUGUCCUGACAUUUUAUUGACUGCUUGGUAAAUGUUUUAUUUGCCCUCAAAAGUCUUUUUUUUUUUUAAAUGGGUAAGUAAAAACGUAAGCCCAUUGUGCUACUUUGGCACAGGAAAAAAGUGAGAAUGCGCAUAGAUCUUCCUAGCUGAUUCCCUUACUGUCAUUUAUAAAGCUUUACAUCACUCUGGCAAUGUAGGGGCUUUAAAACUUUUACAGGUUUUUUUGCUCCUGGGGGACUUGACUGAGGAUGGGAACUGUUAACUAACACUAGAAUAAUUAACCAUGUUACAUUUCUGCCUCAGAGAAUGAGGUCAAUUAACCAUCAACAGAAACAUUAACAAAAUGUGUUGUUUUUUACAAAAGCUAUUUUCUUUUACUUUAAAACAAACAAUUUCCAGUAACAUUAUAGUAAUAUUUAAUUAAGUGUUUUUUCAAUUCUCAAGAAGUUACAUUUUACUAGGCAGGCAGGCUGCUAUACUUCUGCCUUGGGGACAGAGCCUUUCUCCUGCAAAACAAAAAGACCUACCCUCCUCCAUGCCCCUCGAGCUGCAGUAUCAAGAGAGAGGGACAGAGUCUCUCUUUCUUGUUGGCCAGCCCUGCCCCUUUCCCCACAGUGAUUUGUGUCUUGAAGCUGCUCCAGGCAUGCAGAACAGCCACACAGCCUGGGCUGCUGGGGUAGAGACGUGUGUCCUCCCAGAGAUUUCUUUUGCGUUUUUCUGCGUGGGGGGCACAGAAAUAUGCGGGCCAUAUGAAUUCUGUGCCUCCACAUGGGUGCAGAAUUCUGUCAGGAGUAAUCUAGGAAGAUGACCUUUCUAAUACCUGCCAUGUCAGCCUGCAGGGUGGGAGAGAUUGGAGCCUUAAUGGUAUUUUUCAGGGACAAGAUCUCCUUACGGCCAUGCCCAAAGUUCUCACCUAAGUGCCGUCAGAUUUCCAUCUUAGACAAGUAUAUUCAUAUACCAAUAUUUUUUCCGAAACCCCAGAGACCACAUGAGACCUCCUUUCAUAUGUUAGAUGUACGAUGGGCAUUUGCCUUUUACCUGGAUAGGACCAAGCAAUUUUGGAAUCACCUAGAAUGUUUGUCUCCAUCACAGAAAGCUCUAGAGGGUCCAUGAUUUCUUCACAGAGACGUUGAGAGGGAUCAUUGGGAAUAUUGUUGCUUGCCAUGAUCCAGCUGGUGCUUUGGCCCCCCAGAGGACAAUAGCACACUCUACCGGAUGAUAAGCAACUCCCAGAGUGUUACUCAAAAACAUGCCAAUAUCCAAGAGAUGCAGAGCUGCUACAUGGACAUCAGUUCAUGCCUUUACUGAACACUACCCCUUGGUCCAUACCACUAAAUCAGAUGUGGCACUUAGUUCUGCUGUACUGUCUUCAGUCUUGGACUCAAUUCCAAAGCUCUCUGUUCCCUAUGAGGAUAUUGCUUGGAAGUCACCUGAAGUGGAGCACCUAUAGAGACAUUACUUGCAAUAGCUGUGGGUGCUCCACUACCUGUCCUCUGUCCCCUCUGCUUUGGACUGUUCUUUGCUGGAUGGUCAGAUAGAGAAGGAACCAAGGAUGGUUUUCCCGCACAACCCUCAGUGUGUGCCACAAGGUUGUAUAGAGCCAUGUGUGGGCUGAACAAACAGUGCUAAUGGAAAAUCUCUAAUCAAGGGCUCAAAUGGCUCUGAAAUGAAGCAUCUGUAGGGACACCCAUCUUGAAGAACCACAGUUACUGCACAAGGUGAGUAACCCUUUCUUCAUGUGCUACAAACGGCUUUAUACUUGGCUUUCCUCGUCUGUGUCUCCACACUGUGGGGUAAAAGAAAUACUAGUUAUGCUGCGGUUGUUUUGUACGGAGUGCUGUCUGUAGAACACACCGCCCUGCAUGGUUCAGCAGGGGUGGCGGUGAUGUAGCACCAGCCCUUUGGCUGCAGAGCUGGCAUAUGCACCCAAAUCACCAUUUCCAAAGGUUAGGCAAAUUCGAGUUGGGCAGAUGUUUUUAACCAGAAAUGUGAUACUUUGUGCAGGUUAUCAUCUACACCCCAAAGCUCUGAACAUGAACAUUUCAAUAACAGGUUUUCAUGGAAACUUCCGGACAUCAUUGGUGUGAUACAUCAUCAUUUUCCAACCAGCUCUGAUUAAAAACCAGACACAUCAGAGACAACCUUAUUGAUAAAUACAGUAUCAUGCCUUUUCAUGUCAGCACAAGGUGUAUUUUCUUUACUUUUAGUUUUGUUUUUUAUUCAGAAUAAAUUAUUUAAAUUAUUUGUCAGCUAAAAUAACAGGAAAAUCAUCUUUACACGGCAUUUUUGAGUCUUCUUAGUGAUUGUACUUUUGUUUAUGUAUAUGACCAGAUAGCCUCAAAAUUGAUCAGGAAUCAUGGUUUUUAACCAAUUAUCAAUAGACUUGUUGAUCUCAAUGUUUACUUGAAAACAUAAUAUUUGUGUUUAUUGUUUACUAUCAACCUUUCAGAGAACAAAAAAUAUCUAAUCAGCACUUGAAUAUGAUCUUUUAAAUAAUACCUCUGUGUCAAUGUAGUGCUGAAAUGUAGUCAUAAAUCUUUUACAGAAAGAAAUGUAAUGGCAGACAUUGGUUUAUGCUUUAUUAACCUGUGCCUAAAUAUGUGUGAAUGAUGAUUUUGACAUUUUCUUAAAUUCCUUGUAUCUUUGUAAAAAAUAGAAAAAAGGGAAAAACCCAAAAGGAAAAUGGAAUUGUGCAAUCUGUAAAGCAAAUAUAACUAAAGAAUAAAUAGCUGGCUAGAAUUUUACUUUUUAAUAUAUUAAGGGUUUGUUUUGCUAAUGGUUAAUUUACUUAAAGAAAAAUUCAACACCAUGGACUACCUGAGCAGGCUCGGCAAUGUGUUUCUCUGACUGUUCCCUUUGCUCAUGUGGAUGGGUGGCCUUAUGUUAGUUGGCAGGAACAGUAGAUUAUUGUAAACCCAUGUAUAUCUUCCUUUGAGCCUUCCCUUCUGGGCACCCAAGUUGGGUACUCAUCUCAGUGCCCUUUAGAUUAUAUUGCUGUGUUUAGCCAAUUUCUAA